CAUGGUAGUUCAGUGGGCGGGGUUGGAAAGAUCACGUGACUCCGGUUGUCACCGCCAUGCGGCUGUUGAGACCGGCAGUGUUAUUGGGUUUAGUGGGGAGCAGAGGUGUACGGAGAAGUAUGUGUGCUCAAGUCGGAGACUGGCAGAGCGCCAAGUCAAUAUACGAAUUCUCUGCCAAGGACAUUGAUGGCAAUGAGGUGUCCCUUGAGAAAUACAGAGGGGACGUGUGCGUCAUUGUAAAUGUAGCCUCCAAAUGAGGAAAGACCAAGGUAAACUACACUCAGCUAGCGGGAAUGCACGCCUCCUAUGCUGAGAAAGGUUUACGCAUCCUGGGCUUCCCCUGCAACCAGUUUGGAGGACAGGAGCCAGGGCCUGAUGCAGAAAUUAAAGAGUUUGCCAAAGGCCACAACGCCGAGUUUGACCUCUUCAGUAAGAUCGAUGUGAAUGGAGACAACGCUCACCCUUUGUGGAAGUGGAUGAAGGCACAGCCUAAAGGGAAAGGAACCCUGGGGAAUAACAUCAAAUGGAACUUCACAAAGUUUCUAAUUAAUAGAGAGGGACUAGUGGUGAAGCGAUAUGGCCCAACAGAUGAUCCCAGCGUUGUGGAGAAGGACCUACCUACGUACCUGUAAUACAUCUGUCCCAUAUGUGUUUGUUUGAGUCCUGACCUCUUACAUGGACUUCAGGGCAUUGGUGUGAGUGUGUCUGGACCAGUGACGGCCUGUCUGUAAACCCAGCAUUGGGGAGGGCAGGCCUGAUGAUCCAUAGCGUGCAAACUAAUCUCCAGAACUCACCCACACCAAACCCAUAAGACCAUGUGAGAGGUACCAAUGUGGAGGCACUUGACAUCUUACUUUAAACUCAAAGCAGCCAUUCCUUUAUCACAUACAAACCCAAUUGAAUCCUUUAUUAGUGUUAACUGAAUCAUUUAUGAGUGUUAACUGACAAGUUAGAGCAUGUGUCAAUGUCAUUUUUACUAAAGACAUAAGAUGCCAUAAACAUCAGAGUUCUGAAAAUCUACUGAUUAUACUAUUUUGUUAGUAACUUACCUUGUUGAAGAGCCUGUUAUUGUGUCUGAAACUCAUGUCUUGUGUGAUGAAAUGAAGAAAUAACUGCUGUCCUGGACGUCCAUUUGUCAAUUUACCUGGAGUAUUAAAAUCUAAUUUAAUUGA